GUCGCUGGACAGAGCUGGAGUAUACAUCCUCCAGAUACAAACACACAGACUCAUACACUCAACUCUUUGUCACUCACUGUCUCUUGGCUUCUCUCUCUCUUCGACAGCAACAGAAACUCUCACAGAGACAUUGAACAAACACUCUGCACCACUUUAUCCAUCAGCCAUUUGGACAUAGCAGAGUCCCCUGGGAUUGUUGUCCUCAAUAUGGAAAACAAGUCUGAUGUAAAGGCCAUCAUGGCUCGCUUCCAAGCGAGUGGGUGGAGCACUGACGAGACUUCCUCUACACUGGCUGGACGUACCAAACAACCCUUGCACCCCACCCUCUCCUCCGGCCCGACCAUACAGACAAAGAAACCUGUCUUGGAGAGCCUCUCGGGCAGUGCAAUAAAUGUUCCUCCUAAACCACUUUUCCUGAAAAACACAGUAUCCACUAAAAGUGACACAGAGGCACAUAAGCCAAACAAAACUAAAGCCCUGGCUAGUAGGUUUGACAACACACAGGAUGACACCAAGACCAACAGCAAACCCUUAAUUGGUAUUAAACAGCAGAUACCUCUGAAGCCACCCCUUUCACAGCCUCCUGAAGCUAAAGGCCCUGUACAGAAGCCUCCGCUCAACAAGCCCUCCCUCAGCUCCACCCUGUCCGACUCCAAACCUGCCUUUCCUAAACCAUCUCAAGCAGUCAGCUCCAAGCCGGGCUGGAUAAAAGAAGACAGUGGUGGGGGUGUGCCAUCCACUACUGGCUCCACACCCAAAUUGCCUCCUUUACAACAAAAACCGAGCAGCAGCAUCAUAAAAUUAUGGCACCAAAGUGAAGAACAGGCAGGAGCUAACACAGACAGCGUGAACAAACCCUCCCCUCUGACAAACUCCACUUUUAAGCCCCCCUCCAACUUUAGGAGUGCUCAGAGUAUGUUCAACAAGGAGAAAGACAAGAAUGAGCAGUCAGAUAGUGGUGGAGCCAACAAACUGCCCAUCACUGCCACUAACUCCAUCCCUCCUCCCAAACCUCCAGCCAGUAAAAAACCUAGCUUGAGGAAGCCAUCCAAGCCCUCUUCUCAGCCCAGCAGCAUUAAUGGUGAUGCCAUUUCGGGCCCCAAGCGUAACCCUCUACCCAACAGUUUAGCUUUGGGUCCUGCUCCUGCUAAACCUAACCGACCCCCCAGAGUCAACCUGGAAAAAUUUAAAAGAGGUGCUGAGGCCUCUGAUGACGGUCCCAGCACCUUUAAGAAACCCAUCAUCCCAACAACUCAGUCCUCUCAUCUCAGUAACCACAGCAACCAUGUGGCCCCUACUCCACCCCCACAGUCUGCCCUCCCCAGUCUGCCCCCAAGACACCCUGGAUCCAUGAUCCAGCAAGAGGAGUUCUAUGAUGAUGUUGAUGAACUGAACUGCUCUCCUCCACCUCUACCACCAUCCACAGGUCACCCAAGUCAGAGGGCAAAGGAGGAAAUUGAUAACGAUGAUGGAGAGAUGUAUGAGGAUCUUGAUGAACGAUGGGAAGCGGCUGAACAAAAACAAGAGAAGAAGAAAGAGAAAGACGAGAAGGAGGAGAAAAAACGACUGGAGGCUGAGAGGAAGGAGCAGAAGGAACGUGAGAAGAAGGAACAAGAUGCCAGAAAGAAAUUCAAAUUGGUUGGCCCACUGGAGGUCAUCCAUCAGGGGAAAGCUCGUGUGGACUGCAGAAGCAGUAAAACCGACCUUGGUCUGAAGCUGGGAGACCGCCUGGACAUCAUCCGUGUGCAGGGCAACCCAGAGGGAAAAUGGUUGGGACGGACGCAGGAUGGAUCCAUUGGUUAUGUAAAAACCACCUCCGUGGAAAUGGACUUUAACACACUGAAGAAUCGUCAAGCUCAGCAGGCAUACGACCCUGAGGUCUAUGAUGACAUCGAUAUUGUCUCUUCUGAUAACAGUGGGAUCACAGGACCCGGAGUUGUCCUACCCCCACUACCAGGAGAGGGAGGAGAAAUAUAUGAUGAUGUUGUUGAUCCAAACCUGGAAGUCAGUCCCCUGGACACCAGCUCUUAUCCUACGAAGUCCCGUGGCUUCCUGUGGAUGUUUGAGCGGAACAGACGUCCUACCAGCACUAAAGUAGUGCCUCCACCCAGCCAGUUUACUGCAGAGGGGAAUUCAGAUGAGCCAGGGGCAGCAAUCGAUGAGGAGAUAUACGAUGAUGUUGACUCUCAAAAUUUGUCCUCACCUCCGCCAAUCAGCAGCUUUCCAAUCCUGAAAGGCAAAAGCAAGACUGAAGAGAUGGUCCCAAAGAAGCAGAAAAAGUUUGAGAAAGAAGAAAAGGACUUCAGGAAAAAGUUUAAAUAUGAUGGGGAGAUACAGGUGUUGUACCAGGUGACCAUCGUCGACACACUCACUAAUAAGAAGUGGAGUGGGAAAGAGCUGCCAGUCAAAGCAGGGGAGAAACUUGACGUCAUUGUUAAAGCCGUGGACAACAAAUUGAUCUGUCGGAACGAGGAGGGCAAGUUUGGUUAUGUUUCCACCAGCCACAUUGCUAUGGACGACGGUGAUAUCUACGAUGAUAUUGGAGAUGAUUGCAUCUAUGACAACGAUUGAGAAACAUCCAGCACUGGAUUAAUUGUUUUACACUGAUAUUGUUCAUGUUAUUUAUUAUGUUUAUUGAUGAUAUACACUGGGAGUUGCUUUGAGUUAGCCUGAUAAUCAGACUGAAUUUUCAUUUCAUUUUCACUUCAUUAUUUAUUAAUCAAUAUUUGAAUUGGUGAAAAAAUUUGGACAUGUGGGCAGAAAUUCAGAGAUCUGGAACCAGGCUGGCUUCGAAGUCCUUUGAACAAUGUAUUCAUUUCAAAAAAUAUUCUCUUCAAAACAAACAAACAAACAAAACAAAACUAUUUAUUGUGAUUAUAUUACUUGCUACAUCUUGGCACGGUGGGAAACUUUUGUUAGAUCAACAGUAUUUGCAUGUUUCUGUUUUUAUAUUUAUGUCUGUUUUUUCCCCUCUCUUGCACUGCUUUUAGACACUCCACAGCUCUGACUUAAAAUGUAUGCAAUAUUAUAAGACUAGCAGCAUGUUUAAAUGAAAGUUAUAAACAUUACUUGCUAUUUUGUCAUUAACUACUGUCCAUAAUAUGAUAUUGUUUCUUUGUUUCAGCUUUUUAACAUGUAGAAUAAACAACUGUUUUAGUGCCAAUGUGUCUGUACAUAAAGUUAUGACAUACAUACAAUUUUUGAAAAAAAAAAAAGUGUUUUUGAUUUUUCUCUACAAAUCUUUGUUUAUCCUAUCCGCCAUAAAGGGAGUGCUACUUUUCCAUAAAGAGCAGCAUUAGUUAAACACGUCUGUCACCA